AUGGCCCCAGCAAAGCCUACCGUGUUUACGGUCUUGGAGGACGAUACGGUUAUGGAAGAUGGGAAGGGGAAUACAUUCCUCUUCACGAAGUUGCCGACGUCGCAGUACAGGCCUGAGGAACCCAGGGAUCCACUAGAUCAGACGAGGUACAUCGUAAGAGGUAUCUCUCCCCUCGGUGCCACGUUCCUCGUCCCACCCCACUGGCAUCCCCACACAACCGAAUACUUCCGCGUCUUCGUCGGCUCCGUCACCGCUACCGUUUCCGGUAAAACAAGGACCAUCACACCUGCGGAUGGAGAGUUCGAGGUGCCCAAGGGAGAGGUCCAUUCGUUGUUGGUCCCAGACGAUGUUUAUGCCGAGUAUGGGGAGAGGGCGGAGGGAGAGGAGACGGAGAAGAAGAAGUCGAGGAUGUUGAUGACGUUGUUGGGAAAGGGUGGUCAGAUAGGAGAACUGAGCCCUGUUCAAGCACUCAGACUAUUCUUCGCCGAUGGUGACUCGUAUCCUUCCACAGGUCUCAAACCGAUGGAUAUAGGCAUAACAUACCUCUUCGGAGGCUUUUUCGGACGGACGCUGGGAUUCGGGAAGUUGAAGGGCGCCCCGGAGGAGCUGAAGUGA